UCUAUGGUCGCGGCCCGCCCCCCCCGCCGGCGCCGCUCCCCUGAGGCGGCACCGGCACCGGGACCCGGCGGCUCCGGCGCUCCCCACGCGCGGCCCCGCGGGGCUCUGAGCUGAUGAUGGAAGAGGUGCACAAGGGCAGCAGCAGCAGCAGCUCCGUGACGCCGUCCCAGCCCUCGGCCGUACAAGGUACAACCCUCCAGGCAGCUCAGCUCUCUCAUAUUGCUCAACAGAUGUCUCUCAGAGGUUCUGCCCCCCUGACCGUGGUUCAGCUUCCUGGAGAGCAAGUCCAGGUGCAGGGAGUCAUCCAGACAGCCCAGUCCUCCUCCGUGAUCCACUCCCCUCAGGUGCAGACCGUGCAGGUCUCUUCCUUGUCUGAGAGUGAGGAUUCCCAGGACUCCUCAGACAGCAUCGGCUCCUCGCAGAAGGCUCGAGGCAUCUUGGCUCGUCGCCCCUCGUACCGAAAAAUUUUGAAAGAUCUUUCCUCUGAAGACACACGGGAUAGAAAAGGAGAUGAGGAAAGUCCCGGGGUCUCCACUGUCACCUCCAUGUCCGUUCCCACACCCAUCUACCAGACAAGCACAGGACAGUACAUCGCCAUCGCAGCCAACGGGCUGCAGCUGGCGGGGCCGGGGGCAGACGGGGUGCAGGGGCUGCAGACUCUGACCAUGGCCAACACCGGCGCCUCCCAGCCCGGCACCACCAUCCUGCAGUACGCCCAGACCUCGGACGGGCAGCAGAUCCUGGUGCCCAGCAACCAGGUGGUGGUGCAGACUGCCUCUGGAGACAUGCAGACGUACCAGAUCCGCACCACGCCCACCACGUCGUCCCUGCCCCAGACGGUGGUGAUGACGUCCCCGGUCACUCUGACGUCGCAGACCAGCAAGACGGACGAUCCGCAGCUCAAACGGGAGAUCCGCCUGAUGAAGAACAGGGAAGCCGCCCGGGAAUGCCGCAGGAAGAAGAAGGAGUACGUGAAAUGUCUGGAAAACCGAGUGGCAGUCCUGGAAAACCAGAACAAAACUCUAAUUGAAGAACUAAAAACUUUGAAAGAUCUUUACUGUCAUAAAAGUGUGUAAGAAAGGAAGGUAAAAAGCCUUUGGGGACUGGUGAAAUUUCAGAGGAGACUUUUUUUUUUUUUUUUAUACUGAAUUUUUUAAAACUAGAUGAAAGGUCAAAACUGAAACUUUUCUACCUAGAUUUCACAGCUCAGAGACUCUAUAGAUUUUAUUUACAACGUGUUGGUGACAAAGUACAAAAAGGAAACAAGAAAACCUCACCAAAAUUCCUGCUGGCACAACUGGAAACUGAUAAAAGUCAAGAUUGCAGCUACAGUGGAAGGACAGUCACGUGUGACGAGGCAGGUGAUGAGAGUUUCUUUGAAAAUUCCUACCAAUACCUCUAAUAAUGGAGGCAACAUUUGGUUCCAGUGAAAACGUGGAUGAAAUGGAAUCCUUGCCAUAGCUGACAUUAUUAGUAACAUUUAUAACCAGUGUAUGUUUUGAUUUCUUACUCUUUUUUUCAAUCCUUUUUCCUUCAGUUACUUGUCUGUAAAUAUUUUUAUUUUAACCUGUAAGUUGGUAUUUACAGGUGCAGGUGAUACAAAAAAAAAAAAAAGAAAAGAAGAAAAAAAAAAGCUGAUACUUUGCUCGAGGUAUAAAUUAUGUUUUUCCUCUUUCUCAGAUGGCAGUUUAAAAAGUUGGGAUGAUUUUUAUCCAUGUUUGCUGUGUUUAUCAGAUUUGGGAAGGAUCUGCAGAAGGCAGCCAGAGGGCCUGGUCCUGGAAAUGUCUGAGGCACAGGAAAUUGUGUUGAUUUUCUCCAGGCAAUUCAACACAUCUGUGAUUUAAAAGCACAGUGUGGUGGGACAAGGGCUGAUGACAGAAAGUCCUGAAGAAUUUCCGAAAUUCAGACUUCUGGCAGUUUAAUUUCACAGGAGUUUGUUCUUAGUUCUGGGCACGAGAAACAUCAAUCGUUGAAAAUUGAAUUGCGUGCUGAUCACAUUUACAAUGAAACACUCAAUGCUUGUCCUGGCUGGGGAUUCUCCUGGGCUUUGGAACACGAAACCAAAUAGAAGAGAAAUGAUGAAGUAAAAAAUGGAAGAUCUAUACCAAAGGGUUACGAGGUUCUAGUUUCUGGUUUAUUGCUGGAAGAAGUGCAAAAUUACCAUUUCCAGCCUAAUUUUGUAAGGUAGGAGCUAUUUUGCAAAGUGGCGGUGUCUUUGUAAGCAAAUAUUCUAUUGCAAACAGGGAGAUGGUUGGUAUAUUUUGUAGCUAAAUUGUGAUCUUUACAAAACCUGAAAUUGAGUUUCUAUACGUAUUUUGACAGUUUAUAUAUUUCAUUUUAGUAACCAAAUGAAAUAUUUUGUGAACCAGAUUUUCAAGGAUAUAUUUUUAUGGAUAGUACAAAGUCAAAUGAGAUCCUCUUUGGUGUAGGAGAUAUUUGAAUUAAUUUUGUAUGUCUGUGGGCAACUUGCAAAAAAUAAAUGGAUCCUAAAGAGUAUUGGGGGAAAAAAAAGGAUUAAAAAAAAAUAAAUCAGGGCUUUUUACUCCCCACAGUUGACAAUAUCUGCACAUUAGGUCUGAUUGUGUCAGAGAGUUCAGUUUGUACAGUUUUAAUUUGUUUCAGGUGAAAAUCAAAAUGUUUGGCAUGAUCAGGACUCUCUUUUGGGUGGGGAAUCUCCGUCCUUGGAGAUCCCCAGAGCCGCCUGGGCAGGCUGUGACCCUGGGCAGGUGCUGGAGGUGACCCCCUGAGCAGGGGAUGGGACGAGGGGACCCCCAGAAUCCCGUGACAACCCCCCCAUCUCCACAGCUGGGAUCAAAUCCCAGUCCUGCUCCCCGUUCUGUCGGCAGGAGCUGCGCUGGGGGCUGUGCUGUCCCAAGGUGUUGGAGAUCCGGGUGGAAUUCCAAGCCGUGCUCCCUCCCUGGAUGUGUGAUGCUUAUCCCAUGGUCAGUCAGGAGUUUUCAUUCUACUCCUUUGGGAAUUAAUGGGCUGGUAGCGAGCAGAUUCCUCUUUGCCGUGAGGAACCUGCAUUUCACAGUCUCCUGGUUAGUGGGUCAUAAGAGGGUGUGUUUCUCCUGGAGUUCCUAAAUCUCUGGUUGUUCUGGACACGAGUCCCGAGGCGGCUCCUUUAGGCCAGGCUGGAGUGUGUCUCCUGGUUGCCAUCCUGCCAGAAAAGAGCUUUUUGGCACAUCAGAAACAAGGCUGGGAAGGUCCUGGCCUGAGGGAGCCGCUCCUGGAGAGGUCUCAGUGCCUCCUGUUUCUCUGGUGGAAGUUCAGGAAAAACGAACAGCGUGGAGUGUGAACCUCAAGGAUUUGGGCCUUUCCCCUCAGGUGUGUUGUGCUACCUGGAAUGUGUGAGAGGGGGUUGACCUACAGUUCUGAACUGACCUGGGAACUCCGUGGUAGCUGAUCCUCGCUGUGUGUUCUCCUUUUCCUUUUGUAAUGUGGAGUAAUAAUAAACAAAACCUAUCAAGUGUUGAGACUGUAGAACCGUGGUGGCCAGUUCUGUGUCCAACACCUGUCCUGCUGCCAGGCACACCAGGAGUCAAGUUUUAUCCUCUUAAAAUAGUGUGUUGGAAAGAGCAGCUGAUUUUUUUUGUCACGGGAAUAUUAAACAGUAACACAAGUUUCGCUCUUUAAUCUCUGAUCAUGAAGUUCUUAAUUUGGGUUUACUUUAAAAUCUCGAUUGUAAAGAGUAAAAUCUCACUCCUGAGGGUAAGAGGUGGCAGCACCCAGUGCUGUUCUGCUGGUUGGUUCCAAACGGUCCGUGCUUUCCAUGAUUUGUAAAUAUUUGUUGAAACAAUUAAUGGUUGCAAAUUUUGACCUUGGUAAAUAAAGUCGCCAAAAUAUUAUAA